UUCUUCUACCAACUCAACUCCGAUAGAUCCAUCCAUCUCCUAAUCUAUCUAUCUAUCUAUCUACCUAAUUCCACACCGGCCUCUUAGCUAGCUUCCAUUCAUCUGUAUAUGUAGAUCACACAUUUAUAUAUUUAUAUCUGUGUAGCUAAAUUAAAGAAGCUGGCUUUGGAGAUUGAUCAGAUUAGAAUAGAAUAGAAUUGAAUGGAGAAGAAGGCGGCGGAGGAGAUGGACAAUGAAUCUGAUGGUGGGAGUGGGAGGAUGAGUAGGCCUCCCAGUGAAGUUUCCUUGUGCCCCACCGAGGAUGAAGAAGAUUUCACUCCCAUGGGUCCUAAGUGCAGCAUUAAAGAACAUCUUGAAAAGGACAAGGAUGAUGAGAGCUUGAGGAGGUGGAAAGAACAGCUUCUUGGGAGCGUUGAUGUGAUUGCAAGUGCAGAAGCUCAAGAACCAGAUGUGAAGAUCUUGAGCCUCACCAUCAUUUCUACUGACAGACCUGAUAUUGUUCUUCAAAUGCCCGAAUCUGGGAGUCCCAAAGGGUUGUGGUUUACGUUGAAAGAAGGGAGCAAAUACCGGCUGAGAUUUGAGAUCAAGGUUAGCAAUGAGAUUGUCUGUGGCUUAAGAUACAUCAACACCGUCUGGAAAACCGGACUCAAAGUUGAUGGAUCGAAGGAGAUGUUGGGAACAUUUAGUCCUCAAGCAGAGCCCUACACUCAUGAGAUGCCAGAAGAGACCACUCCCUCUGGCAUGUUUGCCAGAGGAACAUAUUCAGCAAGAACUAAGUUUAUUGAUGAUGACAAGAAGUGCUAUUUGGAUAUCAACUACACAUUUGACAUUCAGAAAGACUGGGCAACAACCUCAUAGAAUGAAGCUGGAUUAUCUGAUCAUCCUGAUGAUUACAAUCUGUCAGUUCAAUCAAAUUAAUCAAUUAUUUUAUUUAAAAAAAAAAAAGCAAUUAUUAUUCAAUCUUGAUUUUGGAGAAGAAAAGGAGGAUUAAUGGAGGGUUUUGGAGAUCGAACGUAGUCUAGUAUAUAUGUAAUCGCAUGAUUUUAGAAUGUAAACAAACAUUUGUUGGCUGUUUUCUGUCUCUUUGCAUGACUAAUGAUAUGCCAGAGAAUGCAUGGAA